UUCUUACUCGUGUCGUUAACUGUUGUUCGCUAUUUUUCUAUGAAACAGUCGUAAUGAAUACAGUACCGCGUUAGUACUCGUAACAGGUUACGCUAGUCCACGAAUGUGAUCGAUAUUUUCGUAAAGAAAAUGACGCGUACGAAUGAUAUUCUACAAGAGAGUUGAUGUUCAUAAUGGCCCUCGAUAUGAUAGAUCGGAAAUGGCAUGCGAAGGGUGGCAAAUUUAAUAAGUUUGUCAGAAAACGGAUACCGAUCGUUGGAUGGUUGCCAUCGUAUAAUUCCGAAAAGUUUUUAAAUGAUGCUAUCGCUGGUAUCACGGUCGGACUUACUGUUAUGCCGCAAGGACUUGCUUAUGCAACAUUAGCAGGCUUAGAACCACAGUAUGGUCUUUAUUCUGCAUUCAUGGGAGCAAUGGUGUACAUAAUAUUUGGUUCGUGUAAAGAUAUCACAAUUGGACCAACUGCGCUUAUGGCACUCAUGACUCAUGAGUAUGUUCAAGGUAGAAAUGCUGACUUUGCAAUAUUACUUGCAUUUUUGUGUGGUUGUUUGCAAUUACUGAUGGCCUUUCUCCGUUUAGGAGUACUUAUAGAUUUUAUAUCAAUACCAGUCACAGUUGGUUUUACCUCUGCCACAUCUGUUAUAAUUCUGGCUUCCCAGCUGAAAGGACUUUUGGGAUUAAAGAUCUCCUCUCAAGGAUUCUUAGAUACUUUAACAAAAGUGUUCAAAAAUAUCCAUAAAACUAGUUUAUGGGACAGUGGAAUGAGUUUCUCUUGCAUUGCUGUAUUAUUAAUGUUUAGGAAAAUGAAAGAUAUCAAGUUUGGCUGCAAUAAUGAAAAAUCAAAUAAAUAUCAUAGGAUAUUAACAAAGACAAUAUGGUUAAUAGCCACAGCACGAAAUGCUAUCAUUGUAAUUGUUUGUUCUGCUAUUGCAUAUAAGUUCAACUCCACUGAGUCUGGUUCUCCAUUCAUUCUCACUGGUCCAGUAAGAUCAGGUCUUCCACAUUUUGGUUUACCUCCUUUCUCCACUCAAGUUAAGAAUGAAACAUUAAGUUUCACUGAAAUGUGUUCAGAAUUGGGUGCAUCUAUAGCAUUGCUACCUAUAAUUGGGGUUCUUGGCAAUGUAGCAAUUGCAAAAGCAUUUGCUAAUGGUGAGAAAGUAGAUGCCACACAAGAACUAAUUACUUUAGGAAUUUGUAAUGUUGUUGGCUCUUGUGCAAGUGCAAUGCCAGUUACUGGCUCAUUCAGUAGGUCUGCUGUGAAUCAUGCAAGUGGAGUAAAAACACCAAUGGGUGGUUUGUACACAGGAAUAUUGAUACUGUUAGCUUUGAGCUUGUUAACACCGUAUUUCUACUUCAUACCAAAGGCUUCUCUGUCAGCAGUCAUUAUUUGUGCUGUAAUAUAUAUGAUUGAAUAUCAAGUUGUUAAACUCAUAUGGAAGACUAGCAAAAAGGAUUUGAUCCCAAUGUUUGUAACGUUCUUGUUCUGUCUCAUUAUUGGAGUAGAAUAUGGAAUAUUGUUGGGUGUAGGAACAAAUCUUAUAUUCUUAUUGUAUCCUUCUGCACGUCCUACAGUACAUGUUGAUAAGUGUACAAGCACUUCAGGAGCUGAAUAUCUGUUAGUGACACCAGGAAACAGUCUUUAUUUUCCUGCUGUUGAUUUCAUUAAAAAAUCAGUUGGCAAUGCUGGAAUAAAGCAGGGUUCAAGUCAAAUUCCAGUUGUUGUUGAUUGCAGAUACAUUUUGGGAGCAGAUUUUACAGCUGCUAAAGGAAUAGCAACAUUAAUAAAUGAGUUUAACAAUCGAAAGCAAGGGCUCUAUUUUUAUAAUCCACGAUCGGAAGUUAUUGCAGUUUUAAAAGGUGCAUGCGGAGAAGAGUUUCAACAUAUAUCUACCCAAGAGGAAUUAUCGUAUUUGUUAUCCACACAUCAAGAGAAAACAUCGCAACAACUGUUGGAAAUUGCACGCGAUAAGUCACACGUGCCUUUAAUGUUGAGCGGUCCUGAAGUCAUUCAUCGAAAUGGGCGUUCAUGCCAUGAACUUAGUGAAGUUACAACCACAUUGUUGCACGCUACAGCUAGUUAA